UGUGAGCCGUGGAAUUGUUCCAGUGAGGCAGCGUGUAUGGAGAAACGCUGCUCGAACACGAGGCAGAGCACUUCACCUCCCGCCUUUGACCAUGUCCCAAGCUGACAGACCACAGACUGAGAAACAAGAAGCCGGCGAAACUUAUUCUGAGCGCGAGAGGGCCAGCGGGAACAAGUUAUGGAGCAUCUACAUCUCCGAGGCGCAGAGCUACGAUCAGGGUCUCAUUGAUGGCUGGCGCAGUGAGAUGGACGGUCUACUGAUCUUUGCCGGUCUCUUCUCUGGCGUCGUCACCACCUUCAUCAUUGAUAGCUACAAGACGCUGAACCCCGACUCGGGGAGCCAGACCGUGGUGCUGCUCAGCCAGAUCUCGCACCAGUUGGCAAUCAUGAACAACGGAACGGCGGUGACGGACUCACUGCCUCCCCUCGCUGCCUUCUCGCCCCCGGUCUCAUCUCUUAUCUGCAACGCACUGUGGUUCACCAGCCUCGCACUUAGUCUGUCCAGCGCGCUUGUCGCGACUCUGGUCGAUCAGUGGGCGCAGGAGUACCGGCACCGGACAACCAUGUCCUCGUCUCCCUCUGUUCGGUCACGUGUAUACAUUUAUCUCUUUCCCACUUUGCAGAGUUUCAAUAUGCACGCCGUUGUUGGCGUUCCGCCGCUUCUCCUGCACUGGGCACUGGUACUUUUCUUUGCGGGUCUGGUGGCAUUCCUUGUGCCCAUCAACAUCAUCAUCAUGGGCAUCUCCUCCGCCCUGCUGCUCCUCUUUGUCUUGGUCUAUGCAACGUUCACGGUUCUCCCGCUGUUCUCCUCCGACAGUCCGUUCCAGACGCCAUUGACACGGAUUCUCUGGUCGCUGAUUCAGAGCUUGAGGGCUUAUAUUCGAACGGCAACGCCUGAGAUGGACCACGAGGCCCUUACCAAAUCUCGUCCGCAGAGCCACACCAUGAUCGAUGCUAUGAGAUUAGCAGCACGGAAGUCGAAUGUGGAGAGAGAAACUUGGGCUAUUGGGUGGACCAUACAGUCUCUCUCUGAUGAUGUCGAGUUUGAGCAGUUUGUGGAGGUUCUCCCCUACGUGCUGUGGAAUUUUGAUAGAGGGAAGCCAUGCAGCACGUAUCAGACACAUUUCCAGCGCUUGUUGCAAGAUUCAAAAGGCCCUCUCGGCCAGCGUCUUGCGGAUUUCAUGGCAGGCUCCAAUAGCUAUCUGCUUGAGGACCAAGUCCGCCUCCGCCGCCAGCUCUCCGUGCUCCGGGCCAUCUGGGCCAUCUGCGCGUUCUCUCUUCACACGGGGUCGCUGCUACAAAGCCCGAUCGGAGACGCUGAUGUGGACAAUGCGCUGCUCGCUUCAAAAUUUCUUGAUUCCCCCGACGUGCAGGGCAUGCUUCUCGACGUAUCUGCUCUGAUUCGUCUCAACAUGAUCGAGUCUCGGAGCUGGGAACGGCUCCCCGCUCAGCCGAACAGCUCCGGCGGUGGUAUCCAUCCUGAAGCGGAGAGGCAACGGCAAGCAGACAUGCAUCGGACGUAUACACGGUAUCUGGUAGCACUUUCCCAAUGCGCUGCCAGUUUCCAACGGGAACAGACCACUUCGUUCUUCGAUCGGUCACAAAUGCACUUCACGGAAGCAAACGGCUUCAAAACUCUGCAAUGGGCUCUCCAGCAGCUGAUCGACCAUGCCUCUGACAAAGCAGUAGACAACGUCGUCUUUGCUGCUCGCCUGAUGAUCACUCCGUUUGCCCAGACGUCAGAAUAUCCAAAGAGGCUGUGGCUCACUGGUCUUGGGCCGUUCCUUGUCCGGAAUGCGUCCCUUGCCGUCUAUGACCCGGAAUUCGACUCGCAGCCCGCUUCGAAGCAUCAUUACACCCGAUACUUGUGCCACAAGCUAGGCGUCAACUUGUUCAUCGGAAUGAAUCCCCAAGAAUGUGUUGACGCCCUUCAACUGAUUUACCAUCCUCUGCUUGAGUCUGGUGUACCACCAAGAGACUUCGAUACCCAUCUUUCGAUCCUCCGCACUCUACAGACUCAAACAGCCGACAUCCGCACGCACCGUUUAGCUGCCAUCGUCCAGUGCGUUAUGCUCAAAUGUUUCUGGCCGGAUUUAUCGAAAUCGGGCGAUGUGUCGGAAUGGGAGCAAUUGCCGAGUAUCUUCGAGGACAAAGAGUGGUUCCGCUCCGUGCUCGGCCUUGACAACGAUAAACGGACGGAGCGGGCAUCGGCAAAGCAAAUUUACGAGUGCGCAUGUCUGGGUGUUAUGACCACUCUUUUCGAGCAGUGUACCGCCCAUAGUCUGGAUCAAACACUCAAAUCAGUACUCGGCACAGUCACUCGCAUUUCUUCGGUGAUCCCGGCUGGACUGCAACGCCGAUUCGCCAACGCCGCCUCUGCAUUUAUCCGCAAAUAUCCAACGGACUGUCUUGCGGAUGGGAAUGGGCUCUGCUCGGUGCUUGACUGGGCCGUCAAGGAGGACGACGGAUGGAUGACCAAUGUCGAUGCAUUGCGUGUCCUGGACACAGCUGUGUCGGAGGUGCAGACAGACGAUCAACAGAAAGCACACCGGGACAAUGCUGCAACGAUCCGCGGAUACAUGCAAGAGCAGCUCCUUCCCGAGGACAUCUUUGCCGCCUUUAUCUCGCUUGUGAGUUCCAGGAAGUGA